AGCUCUCCACCUCCUGUGCCCUGGACCCAGCCUACCAGAGCUAAAAAUAUUGCCCGGAGGCUCCUGAGCGGAAUCAGAUCGUGCUAAGUAGGGCACAACGCUGCCGAGGCGGCAGAGCGUCUCAGCCCCAAGGUUGGAAGAAGGCUCUGGAGCGGCCGCUCCCGCCCCCGCUCGCCCGGCGGCUAGAGCUCUCUCAGCCCCGCAGCCAGGUGUGUGUGGAGGCCAGUAUGAAGCUGAAAAAGCAGGUGACAGUGUGUGGGGCUGCUAUCUUCUGCGUGGCUGUCUUCUCGCUCUACCUCAUGUUGGACCGAGUACAGCAUGAUCCUGCUCGACACCAGAACGGUGGGAACUUCCCCCGGAGUCAGAUAUCUGUGCUUCAGAACCGCAUUGAACAGCUGGAACAGCUGUUGGAGGAAAACCAUGAGAUCAUCAGCCACAUCAAAGACUCUGUGCUGGAGCUGACAGCCAACGUAGAGGGCCCACCCGCCCUGCUGCCCUACUAUGUGGCCAACGGCUCCUGGGUGGUGCCGCCAGAGCCCCGGCCCAGCUUCUUCUCCAUCUCCCCUCAAGACUGCCAGUUUGCUUUGGGGGGCCGCGGCGAGAAGCCAGAGCUGCAGAUGCUGACUGUAUCAGAGGAGUUACCGUUUGACAACGUGGAUGGCGGCGUGUGGAAGCAAGGCUUCGACAUUUCCUACAGCCCGCACGACUGGGACACUGAAGACCUGCAGGUGUUUGUGGUCCCCCACUCUCACAAUGACCCCGGCUGGGUCAAGACCUUUGACAAGUACUACACAGAACAGACCCAGCACAUCCUCAACAACAUGGUGUCCAAGCUGCAGGAGGAUCCCCGGCGGCGCUUCAUCUGGGCAGAAGUGUCCUUCUUCGCCAAGUGGUGGGACAACAUCAGUGCCCAAAAGAGAGCAGCAGUCCGAAGGCUGGUGGGAAACGGGCAGCUGGAGAUUGCAACAGGAGGCUGGGUGAUGCCGGACGAGGCCAACUCCCACUAUUUUGCAUUGAUUGACCAGCUCAUUGAGGGCCACCAGUGGCUGGAGAAGAACCUGGGUGCAACUCCGCGCUCGGGCUGGGCGGUGGACCCCUUUGGAUACAGCCCCACCAUGCCUUACCUGCUGCGCCGUGCCAACCUGACCAGCAUGCUCAUUCAGAGGGUACACUACGCCAUCAAGAAGCACUUUGCCGCCAGCCACAGCCUGGAGUUCAUGUGGAGGCAGACCUGGGACUCGGACGCCAGCACAGACAUCUUCUGCCACAUGAUGCCUUUCUACAGCUACGAUGUCCCCCAUACGUGUGGCCCGGAUCCCAAGAUCUGCUGCCAGUUCGAUUUCAAGCGCUUGCCUGGUGGGCGUAUCAGCUGCCCUUGGAAGGUGCCGCCCCGGGCUAUCACGGAGGCCAAUGUGGCUGAGAGGGCAGGCCUGCUCCUGGACCAAUACAGGAAGAAGUCCCGGCUCUUCCGGAGCAACGUGCUCCUGGUGCCGCUGGGCGAUGACUUCCGCUACGACAAGCCCCAGGAGUGGGACGCCCAGUUCUUCAACUACCAGCGGCUCUUCGACUUCCUCAACAGCAAGCCUGAUCUCCAUGUGCAGGCCCAGUUUGGCACCCUCUCCGACUAUUUUGACGCUCUAUACAAGAGGACAGGGGUGGAGCCGGGGGCCCGGCCUCCAGGUUUCCCUGUGCUGAGUGGGGAUUUCUUCUCCUACGCGGACCGGGAGGACCACUACUGGACAGGCUAUUACACUUCACGGCCUUUCUACAAGAACCUGGACCGCGUCCUGGAAGCACACCUGCGGGGUGCAGAGAUUCUGUACAGCCUGGCUGUGGCUCACGCCCGCCGCGCUGGACUGGCCAGCCAGUUCCCACUCUCAAACUUCGCCCUUCUGACGGACGCUCGGCGCACGCUGGGGCUCUUCCAGCACCAUGACGCAAUCACGGGCACCGCCAAGGAGGCCGUUGUGGUGGACUAUGGGGUCAGGCUUCUGCGCUCCCUUGUCAGCCUGAAACAGGUCAUCAUGAACGCAGCUCACUACCUGGUGCUGGGGGACAAGAAGGCCUACCACUUUGACCCAGAGGUGCCCUUCCUACAGAUGGAUGACACCCGCUUAAAUCACGACGCCCUUCCAGAGCGCACAGUGAUCCAGCUGGAAUCCUCGCCCAGGUAUGUGGUGCUGUUCAACCCACUGGAGCAGGAGCGGCUCAGCGUGGUGUCCCUGCUGGUGAGCUCACCCCGGGUGCGCGUGCUUUCGGAGGAGGGUCAGCCCCUGGCCGUGCAGGUCAGCGCACACUGGAGCUCUGCCACCGACAUGGUCCCUGACGUCUAUCAGGUGUCUGUGCCUGUCCGCCUGCCAGCGCUGGGUCUUGGCGUGCUGCAGCUGCAGCAGGGCCUGGAUGGGCCCCGCACGCUGCCCUCCUCCGUGCGCGUCUACCUACAUGGGCGGCCGCUGUCCAUCAGCAGGAACGAGGCGUUCCCUCUCCGUGUCAUUGACUCUGGCACCAGUGACUUUUCCCUCAGCAACCGCUACAUGCAGGUCUGGUUCUCAGGCCUUACCGGGCUCCUCAAGAGCGUCCGAAGGGUGGAUGAGGAGCAGGAACAGCGGGUGGACAUGGAGUUCCUCGUCUAUGGCACCCGCUCGUCCAAAGACAAGAGUGGAGCCUACCUCUUCCUGCCUGAUGGCGAGGCCAAGCCCUACGUCCCCAGGGACCCACCCGUGCUGCGCGUCACAGAAGGCCCUUUCUUCUCAGAGGUGGUUGCCUGCUACGAGCAUGUUCACCAGGUGGUCCGGCUAUAUAACCUGCCGGGGGUGGAGGGGCUGUCCCUGGAUGUGUCUUCCUUGGUGGACAUCCGGGACUACGUCAACAAGGAGCUGGCCCUGCGCAUUCACACUGACAUCGACAGCCAGGGUAUCUUCUUCACAGACCUCAACGGCUUUCAGGUGCAGCCCCGACGGUAUCUGAAGAAGCUGCCCCUGCAGGCCAACUUCUACCCCAUGCCCGUCAUGGCCUACCUCCAGGACGCUCAGAACCGCCUCACGCUGCACACAGCCCAGGCCCUGGGUGUCUCUAGCCUCCACAAUGGCCAGCUAGAGGUGAUCUUGGACCGGAGACUGAUGCAGGACGACAACCGGGGCCUUGGCCAAGGGCUCAAGGACAACAAGAGAACCUGCAACCACUUCCGCCUCCUGUUGGAACGGCGAACCCUGGGCAGGGAGCCUGGCUUUUUCUCCAAACUGGCAGCCAUGUUUAGGGGCUUGAUCUUUCACAGCAGCAGGAACAGGAACCGAGAGGUCCGCGAGGGCUCCUCUGCAAGCUUCCCGUCCCUCCUCAGCCACCUGACCUCCAUGUACCUGAACACCCCUGUGCUCGCCCUGCCUGUGGCCAGGAGGCAGGCCCCCGGCCCCGCUCUGCGCUCUUUUCACCCUCUGGCCUCCUCACUGCCCUGUGACUUCCACCUGCUCAACGUGCGGACGCUCCAGGCUGAGGAGGAUGGCUUGCCCUCGGCAGAAACUGCGCUCCUCUUACACCGCAAGGGUUUUGACUGUGGCCUCGAGGCCAAGAACUUGGGUUUCAACUGCACUACCAGCCAAGGCAAGGUGGCCCUGGGCAGCCUCUUCCACGGCCUGGACGUGGUUUUCCUGCAGCCAACCUCCUUGACCCUGCUGUACCCUCUGGCCUCGCCCUCCAAUAGCACUGACGUCUAUGUGGAGCCCAUGGAGAUCGCCACUUUCCGCCUCCGCUUGGGCUAGGUCUCCUUGUGACCUGAAGGGAGGAUUCAUCCAUGGAGACUGGUCUCUUCACAUGAGAUCGGGUUGGGCAAGCCACACCCGGUAUCCUGUCCCGAUCUACCUCUCAGAACCACGACAGACUGGGCUCUGCCCUCGUUUCCCCUUUAUCGUUGCUUCUGUGCAGGGGCAGCCCACAGGCCCCAUGUUGGGUGGACAGGUAGGGCAGCGCGCUGAGAUGCAGCGGGGAAGGCCCUUGCUCAGAGAGGGCAAUGCCAGCCUCUGCUUUGGGGGGGGUGUGUCCACUUCGUGGGGCACCGGCUCAGGCACCCACCCUCUCCCCCAAAUGGGAUGGAGGAGAAGCAGGGGAGGCUGAGUGGGCCAGAGCCCAGCGUCAGGCUCACAGUGGGCGGCAGCUGGCUCUAGGGGAGUCCUGUCGUUGUGUAAGGACACAUGUCCUGAUGUGAGGAGCAGGAGCGGAGCAACACCAGGAGGAGGGGCUGGGGACCGAGGGGUAGCCGUGGCUGCCGUGUGGCAGGAAGGACUUGUGACUGUCAUGGCUGCAGGGCAUAAGACACUUCAGGUACCAAAACCCCCAUCUCAGACUGGGCACUCGGUCUGCGUGUUGAUUUGUGGGGUGAGGGAGGGGCCACCCUGCUUGACUCCUCUUUGGUUCCUGCACGCUAUCCACCACUCUCCCCAGGAGCCACUUCCUAUCACAGAGGCGUUUGAUCCGUCACAUUUCCUUUCCCUGGAAAGAAAGUGAAGCUUCCAACUUGAGAAGGCUUUCGACAUCAUCCUUGCAGGCCUGAAGCUUUUCCUUGCACAUCCUUCUGCAGAAGUCUUUGCAGGGAACUAGGGAGACAGACUAAAUUAGGAGGCACCGUGGCUGCUCAUCAGCCUUCAUUGCAGCUUCGAUUAUUAGAGAAAAAUUUAUUAUAGUCUCUACAGAUGCUGAAACAACAUUUGGUAGAAUAUAUUAAACAGUCUAUCCCUUAUUAAACAAAAUUUGGUAAAAUUUAAAAUCCAUCCCUUAUUAAACUCUUAGUAAGUUAAAGGUUAGGAAGAAACAUCCUAACCUAGAUAAAGGGUGUCUCCAUCUGAAACCCACAGUCAGUGGCAUUCUAAAGACCCAACCACCACAGACAUUCCCAGUAAAGUCAGAGGUUCACCAAGGCUAUACAGUUACUUAGCCGUGUUCUGGCACUACUAGCCCCUGCAGUGUGGCAGAUAGGAGCGGUGAGCAAAAGUUCCAAAAUAGCCAUCCAAUACAAUCCAAGAGGAUCAACUCAAGACCUUAAUAGAGCAUUCUGUAUGUCGACUCAAACAAUGCAUGUUGCAUUUCUGUAAAGAUUCUGGUUUUCUGCAAAUCAUCCCAUAAAUUCGAUGCAUUCCAGUGAGACUAGAUACUUUUUGGAAUUUGACAGGUUCCAAAAUUUUCAACAUCUGUCAGAUCAUAGAAAAAGCAAGAGAAUUCCAGAAAAACAUCUGCUUCAUUGACUACACUAAAACCUUUGACUGCGUGGAUCACAACAAACUGUGGAAAAUUCUUAGAGAUGGGAAUACCAGACCACCUUACCUGCCUCCUAAGAAACCUGUAUGAAGGUCAAGAAACAACAGUUAGAACCAGACAUGGAACAAUAGACUGGUUCAAAAAUGGGUAUAUAUUGUCACCCUGUUUAUUAUAUACAGAAUACAUCGUGCAAAAUGCUGGGCUGGAUGGAGCACAAGCUGGAAUCAAGAUUUCCGGGAGAAAGGUCAGUAACCUCACAUAUGCAGAUGACACCACCCUUAUGGGAGAAAGGGAAGAAGAACUAAAGAGCCUCUUGACAAAGGUGAAAGAGGAGAGUGAAAAAGCUGGCUUAAAACUCACCAUUCAAAAAACUAAGAUCAUGGCAUCCAGCCCCAUUGCUUCAUGGGAAACAGAUGGGGAAACAGUGGAAACAGUGACAGACUUUAUUUUCUUGGGCUUCAAAAUCACUGUGGAUGGUGACUGCAGCCAUGAAAUUAAAAGAUGCUUGCUUCUUGGAAGAAAAGCUAUGACAAACCUAGUCAGCAUAUUAAAAAGCAGUGACAUUACUUUGCUGACAAAGUUCCGUAUAGUCAAAGCUAUGGUUUUUCCAGCAGUCAUUUACGAAUUGUGAGAGUUGGACCAUAAAGAAGGCUAAGCGCUGAAGAAUUGAUGCUUUUGAACUGUGAUGUUGGAGGAAAUUCUUGAGAGUUCCUUGGACAGCAGGGAGAUCAAACCAGUCAAUCCUAAAGGAAAUCAAACCCUGAAUAUUCUUUGGAAGGACUGAUGCUGAAGCUCCAAUACUUUGACCACCUGAUUUCAAAGAGCUGAUUCAUUGGAAAAGACCCUAACGCUAGGAAAGAUUGAAGGCAGGAGAAGGGGAUGACAGAGGUUGAGAUGGUUGAAUGGUAUCACUGACUCAAUGGACGUGAGUUUGAGCAAGCUCUGGGAGAUGGUGAAGGACAGGGAAGCCUGGCAUGCUGCAGUCCAUGGGGUCGCAAAGAGUCGGAUAUGACUUAGCGACUGAACAGCAACAGCGCUCGUUUGGAAGAGUAAAAGUGUGAUACUACUAAAAACUCUGAGUGCGCAGCGGGUGGGUGGGGCAGUGGUGCUGGGUGAAAGACACUAGAUUCCCGGGGGCCCUGGGGCAGGAUCAGGACUGCUGGAGCUGGAGGGGGAGCCCGCAUCAGACCCAGGCGUGAGGGGCUCAGUGCAGGACAGGGGAGUGUGUUAAGUGGGAAAAAGAUGGACUAUUUAAUGAAGACCACAAUAACUGCCUAUUAAAACAGGAGCUCUCUACCUCACAGUUUCCACAAAAAGUAGCACCAGAGGGAAAAAACAAAAAAUUGAACUCCAUAAUUACUGAGGAAAAUAUAGGAUAUUUUUAUAUUCCAGUGUGGAAAGGUCUUUUCUGAACAGAAAACUUGAAAGCUAUAAUAAGGGAAAAGAUUUUACCACCAAAAAUAUGCGUAAAGUUUGUUUAUGAUGGAAACCACCAAGUUAAAACACAGAUGACUGGGAGAAAAUAUUUGCAGCACUUCAAAACUUGGUGUGUACGAUCACUUCAGGAGAAUAACUUGCUUUGAGCUCCUUAGAGCAAGUCAUGGGGCCUACUAAGCAGUGACCAGCUGAGUUUUUCUGGGUCGCCCAGGAUCAUUGCUGCCAGGCCAGGCCAUGUGGCAUCCUGUCUGUGUCACAGUGAAAGAAUGAAGAUUAUCAGAGAAUGUGACACAUUCUAUGGGUCACACAAAGAAUGAAGUGCUGAGCACAGUGCCUGGUACAUUUAAUACAGUGAAGUUGCUCAGUCGUGUCCAACUCUGCGACCCCAUGGACUGUAGCCCACCAGGCUCCUCCAUCCAUGGGAUUUUCCAGGCAAGAAUACUGGAGUGGGUUGCCAUUUCCUUCUCCAGAUCUUCCCAACCCAGGGAUUGAACCCUGGUUUCCCUCAUUGUAGGCAGACACUUUACCAUCUGAACCACCAGGGAAGUGCUCAGUAAAUACGAGCUACAGUCAUGUUCAUUAAGGAUGCUAAGCAAUUACAUUAUAGCUGGUGUUAUUUACUAGUAUAACUUGUAAUCCAGUUUUAAGGGCAAACCCCCUAGGAAAUUAGUAAAAUAAAGGCUAUUCUCUUUGGAGGUAUUAGAUGUGCAAAGAGGUUUUUCAUCUGCCAGGGACUGAAGUGUUCAUUCCUACAUCCUGGCCUCUUAGAACCCCAUAAGGCAGCAUUGCUCAAGGUGUGGUCCACCAUCACCAGAAUUACUCAUUGAAAGUCCAGCUGCCCGGCCUGUGCUGGCCGGCACACUGAAGGGGCGUCUGUGCAGCAGAGCCACGGGUCCCCAAGACUGACUUGUGACCAGAACAAGAAACGAAACCCUCCCUCAGCGCGUGGGAGGAGAAACAGACUCCUUGGCACAGCCUGUUGAACCAAUCUCUGGGGGCAGGGACCAAAGAGUCCACACUUAAAACAAGCUCCCAGGUGAGUCUGCUGCGCUUGUAACUUGGAAAAGGGCCUGCUGUUUUAAGGCUAGCAGUAACCCUUUCCCAUGGAGCUCUGGCCCUGAGGCCUCACAAUUCUGAGGGUUACAUCAAAACCAGAACCAGAUCCCUAAUGUAUACUUAAGGAAGUGUUUGCAAUUCAGGAAGGUGGAUUACUUGUGCUUGGUUGAAAUUUUUUAAAUAUACUUUUCAGCUUCCAUUUCUUAAAGGAUGCUAAAUUUUACAUACUUUGAUCCCAUUUGUUUUAAGUAUUAACACUGUAUGGACUCAUAACUACCAUCUUUGUUCUGACAGAUUUCCCUUUAUGGUAUGUGGUAGAAAAAAAUCAUGCCUCUUUGCCCUUUGUAGUAGAAUGCAUAUUUCCAGUUCAGAAAUACUUAAAAUAUGUAUGUAAGUAAUCCAGUUUAUAAAAUAUGAUGUUCAGAAUACAAUAGCCUUGUUAGAAACCAUGGGAUUAAGAGUUGGUCUCUUUCCUAGGUUAGAUUAAUACUUGGACUUUCCUGGUGGUCCAGUGGUUAAAACUUGGGCUUCCACUGCAAGGGGUCCAGGUUUGAUCCCUGAUCAGGGAGCUAAGAUCCUAUGUGCCAUGUAGCAUGACAGGAAAAAAAAAGAUCAGUGCCUGGAAUUAAGAAUGUAAGUGCAUUAACCUAUAAAUCAUACUCUGGAAUUGGAAAGAACUUAGAGAUCAUUGUGUCAAUAUAAUUUGAUAACCUAAUAUUUAACUUCUAAUUAAUAUUUCUCAGUGUUUUAUUUUUAAAAAAAUUAACCAGGGACCUUAGGCGUAAGGAAGAAAUUGGGAAGAAAGAGAGCCCUGGGGGCAGAUACCAUUUGCCCAUGAGUGAAUGCCUGCUUUCAAUGCAGGAUCCUCUGUUAAGGAAUAUGGGAUUUCUCUUCAAUUACAAACAUGUAUGAUGUCCCAGAAGGGCAUGUAGAGCUCAUUUAGUCCAACCCUCUCAUUUUACAAAUAAGCUGAGACCCACAGAGGUUACAUGAACUCCCCUAUGCCAGUGGCAGAGCCAAUUCAGUGUUCUUUCCAGUAUACAGUAUCGAUGCCAGGCUAUUACACGAAUCCAUUUUCAGUGAAAUAAAACACAUUAAAAAAAACAAAACACAGAGCCAGGACACGAGAGAACUUCAACCACUGGCAAUGGAUAGGAUUCUAUUCCUCUCUGUAACUCUCUACCCAUGAAGAGCCAUUCUGUUUCCAGGAAGAAAGGAGGACUACUGUGGCCAGCUGGAACCAUGAAGAGAACAGCCAACUUACUGGGUCCCCCUGCACAGGGUGGGCAGGCUAUACUGCACUCUGAUUCGGCUUGCCCAGGGGAUGAGUAUAACCUGUGUGGAGAGAGUGACAUCCUUACCCUGAAAUUGACCUGCGUACCACACUGUCUGUCACCGUGUUUAACUAAUGAUGCCCAUGCACUCAAAGGAAAUCAUAGUGUGAGUGGUAGGAAUGAGGCUUCCCAUCCCAAAGAGAGAUUUUUGAACUAAAAUUUUGCUUUUCCCUAACAAAAAAUGUGUACAAAGAACAAACACUUCAAGGAGCAAUUCUCACAGGAAAAGGAAAAAAAAAAAACAAAACAUGAUAGAGGACAGACUAGAUCCUUCACAUCAAGCCUCAAUUUUACUUAGGGCCAGAGGGAAGCUAAUCGUAACAGUUGCCAGGACCAAGUGAUUCUGCAGAGUGUCCAUCCAUUUUUGGCUCCUGAUUUAGACCUUGCUGGUUGAGAACAAACUUGAACUGAAAGAACUCUGAAAUUAGAGUAGGUACAGGAAACAGUGACAGACUUUAUUUUCCUGGGCUCCAAAAUCACUGUGGACAGUGACUGCAGUCAUGAAAUUAAAAGAUGAUUGCUCUUUGGAAGAAAAGCUUAUGACAAAUCUAGCUGCUGCUGCUGGUAAGUCGUUUGAGUCGUGUCCGACUCUGUGCGACCCCAUAGACAGCAGCCCACCAGACUCCUCUGUCCCUGGGAUUCUCCAGGCAAGACUCCUGGAAUGGGUUGCCGUUUCCUUCUCCAGUGCAUGCAGGCAUGCUGAGUUGCUUCAGUCAUGUCCAACUCUGUGUGACCCCAUGGACAGCAGCCCACCAGGCUCCUCUGUCCAAGGGAUUCUCUAGGCAAGAAUACUGGAGUGGGUUGCCAUUGCCUUCUCCAUGACAAACCUAGACAGCAUAUUAAAAAGCAGAGACAUUACUUGGCCAACCAAGGUUCAUAUAGUUAAAGCUAUGGUUUUUCCAGUAGUCAUGUGUGGAUGUGAGAGUUGGACCAUAAAGAAGGCUGAGUGCCAAAGAAUUGAUGCUUUUCAACAAUGGUAUUGGAGAAGACUCUUGAGAGUCCCUUGGACUGCAGGGAGAUUAAACCAGUCAAUCCUAAAGGAAAUCAAUCCUGAAUAUUCACUGGAAGGACUGAUGUUGAAGCUGAAGCUCCAAUACUUUGGCCACCUGAUGCGAAGAGCUGACUCAUUGAAAAAGACCCUGAUGCUGGGAAAUAUUGAAAGGAGGAGGAGAAGGGGAUGAUAGAAAAUGAGAUGGUUGGAUGGCAUCACCAGCUCAAUGGACAUGAGUUUGGGCAAGCUCCGGGAGAUGGUGAAGGACAGGGAAGACUGGCGUGCUGCAGUCCAUGAGGUUGCAAAGGCAUCUGAGACUAAGCGACUGAACAACAACGAGGCACGGGAAGCCUAUGUGGGGUUGGAAAUGAGGCUUCCUUGGCAUUUAGAACACGACAGGGUUGAAGAUGGAAGACACAGCAUUCAGCAUGGAGGCCUGAGAAGCUCACUGAUGGAGGAAAGACAGAUUUCCUUUGUCAGAAUGCCUGAGGAUGUGCAUUCAAACUGAAUGAGUAGACACUUGUCCUGCUGCCCCCUCACCUAGUGCCUCAGAGUGCUCAAUAUUAAAAAUGUAAAAGCAUGGUCAUACUCAAAAGGCGAUCUCCUUUGACUAAGAGUGGGGAGAACAACUACAGCCGUGAACAGAAGAUGAGGCCAUGCAGGUCCAGAGAAACGGAGUCCACUUAAGGACAGACCCUCGGAGGGGCCAGGAAUCUCUGUUGACCUAAUUCCAGGCCAGAAGUAACAUUGUUUUUUGUUUUGGCUAUGCUGCAAGGAUUAUGGGAGUUUUAGUUCCCCAACCAGGCAUUCAACCCAGGCCCUUGGCAGUGGGAGCACAGAGUCUUAACCACUAGACUGCCUGGAAGGUCCCCAGACAUAUUCCCAGCCCAGCAAAAGCCAAAGUAAGCAUACAAGUAAAUCGUGAAGCCCUCUGUCAUCAGGGAUUUAAGGUAGUGAUGUACUAACAUUAAUUUCCUGAUGUCGAUGGUCAUACUUUCGUUUAUAUAGACUAUUUUUGCUUGCAUUGGGUGUUUGUUGCUGCUCGAAGGCUUUCUCUAGUUGUGGCAAGCAGAGCUACUGCUUGUUGUAGUGUGCAGGCUUCUCAUUGUUUUGGCUUCACUUAUGGAGCACAGGCUCUAGGCGUGCGCAGGCUUCAGUAGUUGCAAUAUGUGAGCUCAGUAGUUCAGUGUGCAGGCCCUAGGGCGUGGGGAUAGUAGUUGCACCACAUGGGCUUAGUUGCUCCACACCUUGUGGAGUCUUCCUGGACCAUGGAUCGAACCCUUGUACCCUGCCUUGACAGGCAGACUCUUUACCACUGAGCCAUCAGGGAAGUCCUAGCAUGGUUGGAGUUAACCUCAAUUGUGGUCAAUCUUGUUUGGUUAAAAAAGGCCCACAGUGGCAAAAAGA